AUAUAACCCCCACGGUCACGAGUCUUUUCUAUUCGGGCAAGAACCUCGAAAGGCCAAUAAUUUCAUGGCUUCCUCCAGUAAAUUACCUGUACCACCCUCAUCGUUUGCUUCCACUGCCGAAACAACCACCGUCCACCACGGCGGCUCUUCCUCCUUUAUCUCCGCCAUCCAUCCAGACAUUCUCUAUACGCAUGUCCUUACACGUCUCGACGGCCCCGCUCUCGCCUACGUCGCUUGUGCCUCCAAGGAACUUAAGUCCCUCGCUUUUCAAGAUGAUUUAUGGAACAAGAUUUGCUGCUCCACUUGGCCGUCUACUGACAUGCCGCGGUUGCGCCAAGUCAUUUCUACUUUUCCUCACGGCGCUCGCUCCUUCUUCUCCGCCUCUUUGCCUCUCCUCUCCAUCGACCAAGCUCCCACUGCUCCUCCUGUCGUUAGUAACAGUCCAUCUGAACUGUUCUCCGCUGUCGAUAUUUACUACCGUAAUGAGCUCAUUUUCAGUAGAGUUGUGGAGACAGAGACCGAAUCCUGGUGGUUCCGCUGCUUGCCUUUUAGAAUCGACAUGCUCGACCCCAAGGACACGUGUCCUACGCCUAUACCGCGUCCGGACACACAGGAUGAUCACCUGAAGUUGGCGGAAGACUUAACACUGAGCUGGAUUUUAAUCGACGCUGCAGGGAGACGAGCGAUGAACCUCUCCAGCCACAAGCCGGUAUCGGUGCAGAGACACUGGCUAAGCGGUGAGGUACAGGCGCAGUUUUCUUUGAUUUUGGCCAGCAAGAAAAGAUCGUCAUCGGAGUUUGUGCAGUGUGGAAUUCUGGUGACCUACGGAGGAGGGACAUCGAGUGGAGGAAUGCUUGUGAAGGAAGUGAGCCUGCAGGUGGAAGACAUGGAUGGAAUGUUCUUGAAUGGGAAGGACAGUUUGGGAAUUUUGAACACUUCAUUUGAGGGCAAGAAGGGAAUUAAGAGAAGAAGGAAAGAAGAAGAAGAAGAAGAAGAAGGAAGGAGAAGAUAUGAAGGAUUUUUGAAAAUGAAAAGAGAGAGAAAAGAGAGAAAAUUGAGAACAGAAGACACAUUAGAUACCCUAUGUGUGGGUUUUGGAAUCUUAAUUCUUGCCUGCAUUGGCUUAUUUGUUUUCUUAAGAUAACAAUGGAUCUAUACUUACAGAUUUUAAUUUCAAAUUGAGAUGAA